CAUUUAGAAUUUUUUAAAAUUAAAAAACCACUUGGGUGGCUGUAGUCAAUUUCAAUUCCAGGUUAAUGAAAUCCAGUCACGGUCCAAGAAGACGCCAGGAAAUCACAUGGAAACUUCCUAGUUUUGGUUCUCUCCCAUCACAAUGGCCUGCCUUAUAUAUGACCUCCAACGAAUUUAACAAUUACGUAUCUAACGCAUAUCCAAAACGUGCCUUUUGACUACAAGAAGCCUGCCAUUGUUGAUAAUUCCUGCUCAUCAACAAGCCAAUUUAUGCGCUACUUUAUGCUUCUGCUCCGUUACUUGGCCACCAGGACAAAUGAACUGAAAUGGGCAACAAUCUUUUCUCUUCCUUCUUCUUCUUCUUCUUUACCAUUUCCUCCAUUGAUUCCAGUUCAGCCUCUUCGUCCUGUCCCAUAGAUCUCAGUUAUGUUCAAACCACCCCAUGGGAUUCAUCUGGGUGUCGCAAGCCUGAUGAGGGACAUUGCUGCGUGACUCUUCUCAGCCUCUUUGGCAUGGGAAUAGCCCAGCAUCUUAGAGAGACCUCCAUGUUUCAACUGCCUAAUGCUAAUGCUUCCUCUUCUUGCCUCUCUGAUUUUCAAGCCAAGCUUUCUGCUAUGACCAUUGACCCAUCAUUAGUCCCUUUCUGCUUCAACAACUCUAAUCAAUUUGUUGCUAACGCUUCUAGUUGUGUUGGAAUUUUCACUACCCAAGAUUGGACAGAGAAGGUAGGUCCAAUCACCCCUUUGCAGACUUCUUGUAAAGGAGAUGUAUCAGGACUAACCCAGUGCAGCUCCUGUCUUGAUGCUGGCCAAAAAGUGACUUCCCAGUUAACUGGUUUAGAUCCAAAUGCCAAUUCAAAAUGCUUUUAUUUCACUUGUUUGUAUGCUGCUGCAAUUGUUAAUGAGUUUGGUCCAAUGGAUCCCAGAACAGCUGGUUGUAUGCUAGGCUUGCCAUUGACAGGCUCAGCAACUAACAAGACGUCCAAAAGUUCCAGCAAAGAUAGGCCUUUGAAAUUGGUUUUCGGAUUCACAGGUGCUGUUAUUGGUGCUUUACUUGCUAUUGGACUAAUUCUUUGGUACAGGAGAUGGCAUAAGAAGAGGAAGCUUAAUGCUUCACAUGAGCUAUAUGUGAGCAGUUUCAGGACCAGUGUGUUGCCUAACUCAGGUGCAAAAUGGUUCAACUUAUCAGAACUUGAACGAGCUACUCAUGGAUUUUCGCAGAGGAAUUUCAUUGGACAAGGCACUUAUGGAGUUGUGUACAAAGGGAUUCUAGCAGAUGGAACUACGGUUGCAGUGAAGCAAAUGCAUGACUUGGAUUCACAGGGAGAUGACGAAUUCUCCAAUGAGGUUGAGAUCAUAAGCAAAAUUAGGCACAGGAAUCUUCUUUCUCUUCGAGGGUGCUGCGUUACAAGCGAUAUCUUGAAAGGUAAAAGGAGAUAUCUUGUUUAUGAUUUCAUGUCUAACGGUAGCCUCAGUGACCAUUUGUUCAGCGACCAUAGCAGGAAGCAAUUGACUUGGCCUCAUAGAAAGAACAUUGUCCUGGACGUGGCCAAAGGACUUGCUUACUUGCACUAUGGUCUCAAACCUGCCAUUUAUCACCGAGACAUCAAGACAACAAACAUACUAUUGGACCUCGAAAUGAAAGCAAAAGUUGCAGAUUUCGGGUUGGCUAAGCAAAGCUUGGAAGGUCAGUCACACCUCACAACAAGGGUAGCAGGCACACAUGGCUAUUUAGCACCAGAGUAUGCUCUUUAUGGUCAAUUAACAGAGAAAAGCGAUGUCUACAGCUUUGGAAUUGUGAUUCUUGAAAUCAUGAGCGGAAGGAAGGUGCUUGAUACAUCAAAUUCUUCGUAUCUUUUGAUUACUGAUUGGGCAUGGACGCUAGCAAAAUCUGGAAAUAUAGAGCAAAUCUUUGAUGAAUCUAUUAGGGAGGAAGGACCAAAAGGGGUAAUGGAGAGAUUUGUUCUUGUUGGGAUUCUUUGUGCACAUGUAAUGGUGGCAUUUAGACCCACCAUUGCUGAUGCUCUUAGAAUGCUAGAGGGUGAUAUUGACAUCCCAAAAUUGCCUGACAGGCCAAUGCCACUCGGCCAUGAAGCGUUUAGAUCCUCUACCUCUUUCUGGUGUAGUAGCAGUUCAACAGCAAGUCAAAGAUCAAGAACGACCAGCGGUUCCGGCAUAAGCUUAGUGUAGAUUAUAGAUAAAGAUGAUAUUAAUUAGAUGAUAAGACUUCUUGGAUUUGUUCAAUCAUUGUCUGGUCAGAAAAUUCAAAAUCCCUUCUGCCAGCCAACCUUUGAUUUGAAGUUUCAAUUUUCAAAGCAUACAUUCAAAGAUGGGCUAGUCUACGUCUUUCAAAUUUUUUUUUUUUUACCUUAUUAUUUUUGUUUAUUUUCAUACUGUAGAUAUUAGACACAGAUGGAAGAUAAUGUUAUUGGAGAAGAGAUUAAAUAAUCAUACUUGCUAUGAA